UUAUGUCGAGGCGGGCGGCGGGACGGGGCGAGGGAGGGGGCGGCGGGGCCGUUGCCAGGGGCGGCCGGGGGAAUCCGUGAUGUCCCGUCCUCGGUUCGCCCCGACCCCCUCCCGCCGGCGGAGGGGACGGGAGGCGGCGGGGUUCGGGGGUGGCCCGAGCCCACCGAGCUCCCCGGGGGCGACCGGCGGGGUGGCGGGGCCCGCGGCCCCGGGUGCCCGGUGGCGAACGGUCCCGGCGCUUCGGUACCACCAAAAAAAAAGAUGCUCUCUAUGAAUAGAGAGAGUGCCUAUUUACUCUGAAAUAUUUGGCACAGCGGACAGAGUCUGAAGCAUGGAAGAAGUGGCUAUUAUUUUCCCACUGCCUGUGUGUGCAGCUGUCAUUUCUGAGCAACAUGUUCCUCGCACAUCCCUGCCUCCCAGCCUCGCCGAUGGUCCACCCCAGGAUUACAAGAAGAAGAGACCGACAUGCCACCGCACUCUGCCGAAAUCUAAAUGUUGUGCAGCUGGGGUAAAGCUGAGUUCCUUGGAGGAGAACACUGAGCAAAGCAGCACAGGACCUCGAAGCAGAACAAAAUGGCUGGAAGGAGAAAAAGACCCAGAAGACCAGCAAAGAAUGAAUGAAGUACCUGAAGAUGAUCUCAGUAGUCGAAUCACGCAUUCUAGUGGUCCUAUUUUUGACAGAAGAGGUUCAGGUCAGAGAUUGACUGGCAAAUGGCCACUAACAAAAACAACGACUGCCUCGGACUACAGGUGAAAUGCUUUGCAAGAGCAUGAGGGGCUGGAAAGGAUUACAGGAGUGGGAGAUGGUGGAGUAGCCCUCCUGGAAUCGUUGCAGGCAGCAUUUUCAGGUGUUUCGGACAAACAUCUGCUAGGCCAUAGAUGUAGAGAGAAAGAGGAGAUGCAGGUCUGAUAACACUCGAGACCUUGUUUGCCAGGUGCCAGUAGUGACAUUUCAGGUAUUUUAAUGUGAAAGUCUCGGGUGACUUCUGAAAAUUUGGAAUCCCAUCUCCUUGCGUGGAUAACGAAGACCCGUAUUUCGUGCCAGUGCAAUCUGCGGAGAGCAUUUGUUCCAGUGUUCUGUGCCUGAAGGGGAUACCUUCUCUUAGUACCAUACAUUUUGAGAUUGGGCAAAGCAUGAAAGCAAAAUCAUGAGGGGCUGUAUUUCUGCCUGGUUCUUAGUAAGAUAAUGGGAGUCUCACAGGGGAUAAACGUAAGCUGCUUUGUUACUUAUUUUCUUAAUGUUAAUUUUUAUGCUUUGCCCAUUCUGAACUGUGGAGGCAGGGAAACCAAAACCUUCCUUCCCUCUUAAAUUAUUUCACCUGCCACUGAGAGCACAUCCCCUGUGUCUCUUCCGUCCUCCAGAAACACUUCUGGGUUCAUACAGCACCGAGCCCAGCCAGGCCUUGCUCUGUGACAAUAAUCUCAGGCAAAUAAUUCACAGAAGCGCUUUGUCAUGCAAAAGGAGAUCUGUUCUCCAACAGCGAUGGAGGGGAAACCGGUGCGUUGCUCUGCGCCUCAUGGGCAUGGUGAGGAUGAGUCCCUUGCACGCACCCUCCAGCUGGUGCCUCGGGCCGAACCACCUCUCUUCUCCCAGGCGGAUGCCACCGAAGAUGCCCGGCCUGGGCAGCGGGGAAGGCUGGAGCUGCCAGUCUCACCAGCGGGGCCAAACCGUCUCCUCACAAGCGGUAAAGCUGCUGUUUCGCCCCGCACACCACGAGAAGGUGGUUGCCGGAGGCCGUGCGAGGCGGCAAGUGCCGGCAGCUGGAGGCAAACAGCCAGGGAAAGAUUGUGCAUAGUGCAGCCUCGAGGCAAGCGUUCCAGCAAGGGUUAAAAUGGCUGGACAGCUUGCCCACUAGAAAACAGGGUUUUUUUCCAUAGUCACUUCCCAGCCUUGGAUAUGCAGUCUCCAGUUACUGGAGGGAUUCAGAGCUGGCACAGGCAGCCUUGUAAGUAUUAGGCUGCCCUGUGUGCUUGGCACCAAAUUCAGACAAUUUUGAGAACAGUUCAGAUCUUCUGGAGGUUGUUUUCUUUUUUUUUUUUUUUGUUUUGGGUUGGGUUUUUUUUUGGUAUUUCUUUCCAUAAGAAAGCAGUUCUAUAUUUAGGACUUGGCCCAAAUUGUUGAACCCGGGGUCUGAGUUUUACUGUUGUUGUUUUUCCUCUCUUCAAUCAAAACGAAGUGGUUCUGGCUGAUCCGAGCUGAGCAAUGCUGCUGCUUCUCUUAAAGUUACACUCGAGGAGGUUUUGUGAGUGCAUGGGUGUGCAUGCGUGCAUGGAAAGUUUCUCUCCAUUUCCAGGAAUAAAAGGGGUCUUUGCUUCCUCCAGAUCCAUACUCUGUGCUUGUAAACGUCUGUGUUAAGAUUGAUUUUGUGGAACGCUGCGAAAGGAGGCUGGCCUAAAAUAUAUGUCAUUAAAGUG